AUGUUAUUCAGCUUUUUAAUUUUAUUGCAGGAGCAGGAAGAGGUACACCCAGAGGAGGUACUGGCAGGCCCUGUUGUGGGGGAAGCCCCGCGUCCUAUUGCUCAGGAAGAAGAAAUAACACUGGUUGACUGGUUCCCUGUAUUGGAGGCGGGCAACCUCCACUUCGAAGGACUCAGGCACUUCCAAGGCACCAUAACGAGAUACACAACAGCAGCAGUGAAGACUAGAGUCGGCCAGGGCCAGAGCUGCAGUCACGUCAGGCUCACCGAUGGCAACACUUGCCAUCUGCUUGGCUGUUUGCGUGAUGUUAAUAAUCAUGUGCCCACGAGUGGUGGCCACGCCAGUGCCACCGCCCCUUCCUUCACGUCCACCAGCCCGAGAAGCCGAUCUACCAUACGUGUUGAUGCAGCCGACGUCGCUACCGAUUCCGAGUACGCUGGAACCGGCACCAGUCACGAUGCCGCCUUCUCCGGGACCCGUCACACUGUAACACACCCCCAGGUCUACGACACCUAUGGAUGCUGCUCCGGAGUUUUCACCCAUCAUCUCGUCCAGGAGGCACGUUCCACGCACGAGCUUCUAUCCUGGACAUUUUCGACCAUACUCUCGUGUCUCUCUGCGGGAUCUUCUCGGGGCCUCAAAAGAGGCCAUGGUGUCUCCGCACUGUCCAUAUCUCCAAGGACGUGAGUGUUUUUUUUUUUUUUUUUCAAGGGGGGAAAAGUGUUGUGACAGUGCCACGACAUUUAACAGUGCCGCCACGACAGUACGCGCAAACGGCGAUAGAGGCGCUCCGCAACUCGGCUGAGCGCGGGAGCGUCACCUAGCUACGAACGGCGCCAGCCACAUGUCACGGCAUGGCAGUCGAAUAAGAGAUACUGAGUUGUUAUCAUGUAACCAGCUAUUGUUUCUAAGUGAGAGUGUUUGAAUAACCACGCAAUUAUUGGUGAUUAAAUGUUAUAACAGUGUUGGUUCUGAGUGAGUUACUUGCAAAUGAGAAUUUCGUUCAUGGCAAAAAAAUUGUAGCACUUCCUGCAAACUUCGCUGGCUACGAUCGCAUAUAAUGUGUGUGUUUACACGUCUUGUAGACUUAAAACUUUUGUACAUUUUAUAUA